AAGGAUGGACAACAAUCUGGGACAGUGUCUUCCCAGAAACAACCAGCCUUGAAGGCUACAAGCGAUAAGGAAGAUUCUGUUUCGAAUAUAGCCACAGAAGUAAAGGAUGGACAGCAAUCUGGAACAGGUAAUUUUGCAAAACACAUAAUGUCAUGUUCAGUCAAGAUAGAAAAGAACUUCUCUUCUCCAAAUAAAUCAGCCAGGGGCUCAUUGAUGCUGCACAUUCUGAUUCAGCAGGCCUGAGAUUCUUCAUUUGUAAUAAGUUCUCGGGUGA